AUAAUAUUACUUCUCCUUGCAGUCACGAUCAUGGCACCAUUCUCACUCCGUCUUCGCCGCUUGCUUUCUCUCUCUAAGACCGCGAGGAAUUGUCCAGACGCGUUUGACUAAACCUUCUCUCAGACAGAAGGAUAGACGCGGAGAUAGAUACGAACUCCUCUUUCUUUGGAAGCGUCGAAUCUCGAUCUGGAAUCCAUUCAAGAAAUGUUCGACAAACCCUAGCGUUUGGAUGAACUAGCGCGCAUUGAUGAAGCAGAUUCGUCGGUGCACGAGGAUAUUCAUCCUCUGUUUUCUCUCUGUUUCUGUUUUCGUUCCAAUCUUUCUACUCACCAAUGUGCUCAAGAACUUCGAUUCACGAGCGUCGGAAGGAUUUAUUGGAGAUUUAUCGAGUAUUAAAUAUAGGACAGAUACUAUCAAACUGCACGCAAUUGAGAAGGAAGGAGGGGAAAGCUUGAAAGAGCCGCCAGAAGUUGUGUACAAGGAUAGUGAUUUUAGUUCUGUGGUUGACCGAGGUUCAUCUGAUGGGACUAUAACAUCUGUCCAAUCCAAAAAUGCCAAAAGCAGUAUGGGUAUGGAAAGAAAUGGUACUAGUCAGGGGAUGAAGCAAGAUAGUCAGUCAACUCAGUGGGAGCAACGGUCGUUGACAUUUGGUCAAGAGGAACUGUCAAAACAAAUGACACUUCAAUACAAUCAGAAGUUACAGUCUCAGUCAAGGAGGUUAUUAGAUGUGAAGUUAAAGGAAGCGAAAGAUCAAUUGAUUAGGGCAAAGGUGUACGUGAGAUUUGCACUAAUGGCUAGCAACUCUCAUUUAGUAAAAGAGUUGAAAUUACGAAUUAAAGAGCUAGAAAGAGCUGUUGGUGAUUCUAGAAAGGAUUCUGAUUUAUCAAACAGUGCUUCAAAGAGGAUGAAAGCCAUGGAGGCUACCUUGUCAAAAGCUAGCCGUGUUUACUCAGACUGCCCUGCCAUGGCCAAGAAACUCCGAGCUAUGACUUACAGUGCAGAAGAACAGGUUCGGGCGCAGAGAAGAGAGUCUAAAUUUCUUGUGCAGCUUACUGGAAGGACCACUCCCAAAGGCCAUCACUGCCUGUCAAUGCGGUUGACUGCUGAAUUCUUUGCCCUGCAGCCCGAGGAGCGGCAGUUCCCUAAUCAACAGAGAUUACAUGAUCCUGAACUCUAUCACUUUGCUGUCUUCUCUGACCAUGUGUUGGCUUGUGGUGUGGUUGUGAGCUCUACUGUUUCCACCUCUAGGGAACCAGAGAAGAUAGUUUUUCAUGUAGUGACAGAUUCUCUAAACCUCCCGGCAAUGUCGUUGUGGUUCUUAUUAAAUCCUCCCGGAAACGCCACUAUACAGAUCCAGAGCAUAGACAAUUUUAAGUGGUUGACUACCAUGUACGGUGCAGCUCUGCAGAAGGAGAACUCUCAUGACCCAAGAUAUACCUCUGCACUGAACCACCUCCGUUUUUACCUGCCAGACAUUUUCCCUAUGCUGAACAAGAUUGUGCUCCUUGACCAUGAUGUGGUUGUACAGAGAGACUUGACAGAAUUAUGGAGCAUCAAUAUGAAUGGGAAAGUAAAUGGAGCAGUGGAGACUUGUCAGGUAGGUGAGCCUUCAUUCCGUAGGAUGGAUAUGUUUGUCAACUUUUCAGACCCAAUGGUAGCAAGGACAUUUGAUCGCGAGGCAUGCACAUGGGCAUUUGGCAUGAACGUUUUUGAUCUUCAAGAGUGGAGGAGAAAAAAUUUAACUAAGGUUUACCAUAAAUAUCUGCAAUUGGGAUAUAAGAGGCCGUUGUGGAUGGCAGGCAGCCUGCCGCUAGGUUGGGUCACCUUUUACAAUCACACGGUGGGAUUGGACAGGACAUGGCAUGUCCUUGGGCUUGGUUAUGAGCCAGGCGCCAAAGAGACAGACAUUGAACAAGCAGCAGUGAUACACUUUGAUGGAGUUCUGAAGCCAUGGUUGGAUAUUGGACUAGAGAAGUACAAAGAUUAUUGGAGGAGACAUGUCAACUAUGACCACUCUUAUCUCCAGCAGUGCAAUAUUCAGAGAUAGUUAAAUACUGCACCAUUAGAAGCCUGAAUUCUUCCUCUUGACCCAUUGACUUACUGGUUUUUGUUCAAGGAAUUGCGCAGAUGUGCACUUGAUCUGUCCUUAAUUCUUCCACAAAUUUUCCAUGUAAAUUUUGAUUCAUGGUUUCUUUUCUUCCCAUUCUUUUCUAGCCAUAAGUAGGAGCAAAAUCAAUUGUUGGCAAUAAUGCGCUGGGGUUGGUUAUAAUGCUGGUGUUGGUGUAUAUAUAGCUCAUUCUAUCAGUUAAUACCAAUUUUAGAUGAUUUGAUUGUUA